AUGUUGCGCCUGCUGCUUUGUGUUGCCUUCUUCCUCCACAGCGCUCUUGCCCUUGACGAAGUCGUCGAUCUUGGAUAUGCAAAGUACCGCGGAAAAAGUAUCGGCAAUGGCGUCAUGCGCUGGGCUGGUAUGCGAUUUGCCCGCAGCCCCUCGCGAAAAGAGGGUCUACGAUUCGCUGCUCCACAAGAUCCAGUCAAGGAAGAAGGCAUCGUAGAUGCGUCAUCGUUCGGACCCUUGUGCAUUGGAACCAGGAGCGACCUCAACGCUGAGACUGGAGGAACUCAUUCUGAAGAUUGCCUCUUCGUUAAUGUCUUCUCACCCAGCACAGCAAAUGACACAAGCAACCUACCCGUCUAUGUCUUCAUCCAGGGCGGUGGCUUUAACAUGAAUGGCAACGCAGACUACAAUGGCGCAGACCUGAUUGAUGCAGCCGACAAUGGAAUCGUCGUUGUGAACUUCAACUACCGUGUGGGUCCAUAUGGUUUCUUGGCUUCAGAUGAGAUUGCGACAAACCAGAACUUCAGCUUGAACAACGGACUCAAAGAUCAGAGGCAAGCCCUCAAGUGGGUACAAGCUAACAUUCAGAAAUUCGGAGGUGAUCCUAAGCAUGUGACGAUUGGAGGCGCAAGCGCUGGUGGAGGCUCCGUCGUGUUCCAACUUACAGCCUAUGGCGGCAAGGACGAGGGUCUCUUCCAUGCUGCUGCUGCCGAGUCUGCAGCCUUCCCAUCUCUACGUGACGUCAAGGAUAGCCAGUGGCAAUUCAACGAACUCCUUCGCGAAACAGGUUGCAAGGACCUCAAUUGCAUGGCCACCAUGGAAACUGUCCAGUUCCAGAAGGCUGUGCGUGCACUACAGAAACCCUUUCCUGGCGGCGGUGGCCCACCUGUAUACUUCUGGAACCCCACACUCGACGGCGAUUUUAUCAAAGACUUUACGUUUAACGAACUAAGGGCCGGUCACUAUGUCCACGUACCCACCAUUUUCGGCACCGCCACGCACGACGGCAUCAACUUCACACCCCAGAACGUUGUCUCGGUCGCCAAGGCAGAAAGCUUCUUGAUUGAUAACUAUCCUGGCAUGAAGUGGAGCACUAUCAGUCGGAUUUGGGGCUCUGACACUGCUAUUGCCGCGGGCAACAAUGACCGCUGGAGAGCGGUCACGGCUGACAUCUACGGCGCAAUUCGAUACGCCUGUCCUGGACUCAACAUUUCCGCUACAUUUGCUAGCGAUAAGGAGCACUCUACAUGGCACUACAGGUGGAACGUUGGAACAGCGUCGCACGUUGGCGAGUUGUUGCCCAUCUGGAACAAUGCUACUUCUGCUGCUGGUGUAUUUGUGCAAGCUUACUGGGCGUCAUUCAUCAGGACCUAUGAUCCCAACAAGUUUGCGGCAGAGUUUCUUGUCGGCAAAGGCUCGGAGUUGAAGAGUCCUAACUGGGAACCAUUCGAUGCAAAGGAUCCGAAGAGAUUGGUUUUCAACGAUGACAACAACGUAGCCAUGGAAAAAGUUUCCGAAGUGGAGCAGAAGAGAUGUGACGACGUUGAUGCUCUAGGGCUACACUUGAAACAGUAA